AUGGCCGUUGGUAAGAACAUUCAAUACAACAUCAGCGAGGCUAUGGAAGAUAUUUUAAUGGUUGCAGAAUUAGAUUGCAUUCGUUUUCCCCUUUCCUUGGAUGAAUUAUCUCAACUUGUACCCUAUCUUGACAGAUUGUACCAUGUUGUAGACGUCAUCCAUAAAUUAUGUUAUACUAGCAAUGCAUUCCGUGUC